AUGAUAACAGAUUAUGGGCUUUGUGGUGAUGCAGUGUCAUUUGACACAACUUUUAGAACAAAUAAGGAGUACCAUCCACUUUCUUUAUUUUCUGGCUUUAACCACUUUAGAAUGACAGUGAUUUUUGGUGCAACAUUAUUGUAUGAUGAAACUGUAGAGUCAUUUGAAUGGUUAUUUGAAACUUUUUUGGAUGCAAUGUUGGUAAAAAAGCCUAUUAGUUUUUUCAUAGACCAAGAUCAAGCAAUGGCUAAGGCAAUUUCACAAAUCAUGUCUGAGGUUUUUUAUAGGCUGUGCACUUUUCAUCUAAUGCAAAAUGCUUUAAAGCAUUUAGGUUACUUGUUCAAGAGUGGUUCAAAAUUUAGUAGCGAUUUAAAAGCUUGCAUUUAUGACUACGAGAACAAGCAUGAAUUAAUUGAAGCUUGGAAUUCUUUGAUUGAUAAAGACAACAUGCAAGAGAAUGAGUGGAUGAAAAGAACUUGGAGAAAAAGAGAGCGGUGGGCGCAUCUGUAUAUGAAGUGGGUAUUUACUGGAGGAAUGCGAAGCACACAACUUAGUGAAAGUCUAAAUGGAACAUUAAGGAGAUAUUUGAAAGGUGAUCAUGACAUUGUUUAA